CCGUAUAAAAGAUAUGGACAAAAUCUCUUAACUUUUUCUCCACUGCAUUUCCAUUCAUCUGAUCCAAUCGUCCAAAAACCUUUUUCUUUUAUCAUCUUUGACAGGGAAGGGGAAGUCUUUACCACAGGGAAACAAGAAACAGAAGUCAGACAACAACCUAGACUUCAACGAAAACUACAAGGAACAAGAAGUAUAUACAGUUAUUCUUGUUUCAAUAAUCAAUAUUCUGCAGUAUAUAUGUGGAUUUUUGGAAGAAAAGGGGCAUCUGGGUUCUCAGCUUCCUCAACAGCUGAGGAAGUUACUCAAGGAAUCAAUGGAACUGGCCUCACUGCCAUUGUUACAGGAGCCUCGAGUGGCAUUGGUGCUGAGACUGCUCGUGUCCUUGCCUUGCGCGGUGUACAUGUGAUUCUAGCAGUUCGGGCUGUGGAGAGUGGCAGAAAACUGCAAGAAAGCAUAGCUAAAGAGACUCCUAAUGCUAAAGUCGACGUUAUGGAAUUGGAUCUUAGCUCGAUGGCGUCUGUUAGAAAGUUUGCUUCAGAAUAUAACUCUUCCGGCCUGCCCUUGAACAUCCUCAUUAACAAUGCAGGGAUCAUGGCUCCACCAUUCAUGCUCUCGCAAGACAACAUUGAAUUGCAAUUUGCUACUAAUCAUGUUGGCCAUUUUCUUCUGACAAAUCUUUUACUGGAAAAGAUGAAACAUACAGCUCGUGAGAGCCAGAAGGAAGGAAGGAUAGUCAUUGUUUCAUCAGAGGCACACCGAUACCCAUACAAGGAAGGAAUUCGGUUUGAUAAAAUUAAUGACAAAGAAAGUUACAGUCCUAUAUAUGCUUAUGGACAAUCAAAGCUUGCUAAUGUAUUGCAUGCUAAUGAACUCGCAAGGCGCUUGAAGGAAGAAGGGGUGGAGAUAACUGCGAAUUCGCUCCAUCCUGGAGCAAUCGCCACCAACCUUUGGCGUUAUCACAGUCUGAUUGAUGGUGUUGUGAAUUGGGUCGCGAAAUACGUGCUGAAAAACAUCCCACAGGGAGCCGCGACGACAUGCUAUGCUGCUUUGCAUCCUCAGGUUAAGGGGGUAAGGGGAGAGUACUUUUCAGACAGCAACAUAGGUAAACAAAGUUCACAUGCUAAGGAUGCAGAUUUGGCCAACAAACUCUGGGAAUUUUCCUGCAACUUAAUACACUCAUAAUCAACUCGAUCUUAUAUAUAUAUGAAUCCAUCUGCUUCAGUUCUGCUGCUUUGAUUCUGGGCUGUAUUGUUGACAUUACAAUACAGUAAGGAUGAGAACUUUUAAAGUGGAGUGUUACUAAAGUGCAUUUUAGCGUGAACUUUAAAGUGUACCUAUCAACCAUACAAAGUGUGUUUUUUUGUGUUUUAUAGUUUGAGUUAUUUAUGAA